ACAAAAAAGAAAAAGUAGCAAAAUUACAUGUGUCAACCGACGGGUUCUUCACUUUCAAUUUCUAGUGCCACGCUCUCCUAUUUUUGCAAAACUUUGGUUCAAAGGCGUAGCACAGUAAAUUUUGAACGCAAGAUGAAUGUUGACAAGCCCGUUUCAGAGCAGCAUCAGAAUUCAAAUCCGAGGAGCUACAUUGGAUUUGAGACUAGAUAAGUAGACAUGUGAUAUUUGAGUGAAAUUUAAGAACCGGGUCCAGUCUUUGGACCUAAUUUACUCGUGAGUUUUCUUUUCAGGCCUUCAUUUUUCAGUAACAAUAGGGGAUUUAUUUUUCUUUCUUGUUUGGGCUUUCCCUUUGAUAUGACAGCUUUUAGAUUUCAGUGAAGUGGGUUUUACCUGGUGAGAUUGAUUUGGCAUUGCUGUAAUAUAAUUGUGGGUUUCUUUUAUGUGAAUGACUAGGAGCUUGUGGAGACAGCUCAGGAAAGGGGAGAUGAAAAGUGAAAUUGUGGGUAUUCAAAAUCAUUGAAGUAUAAAGGAAGCAGGUUAUGAUUUUCAAGACUGAUUUGUACUCUGUUUUCACAUUAUAGUUUCUGAGAGUGAUUUUGUAAGAAGGGAGAUGAAAAGUAUAGUUGUGGGUUUGGAAGUACAAUGACUGGGGGGUCAUUGGGUCUACGAGGAAGCUAUGGUUCGUCACAGGCCUCAGCAAAAUUUCCAGCCAUUGCACGGAAAUCUUCUUCCAAAAUGCUGGUGUCAAGUCUGAGGGAGAAAGAGCGGGUUCUUCCUGUUAUUUGCCGGUACUUCGGGCGGAGAAGGGUUGCAAUGAUGCUCUUGGUUGCACUCGCUCUCCUAGUUUUUAUUUGGGGUUCCCUUACAGUCGACACAGGGAAUUCCAUUUUUGGUCCUCAUUCAAUUACCAAUUGCAAGGCAUAUAGAGAUGGGGAUGUAGAACCAAGAAAACAAAGGGAACAAAAGGAUGAGAAACAAAUUCUCAACGAAAGCACUAGUUCGAAUAUUAAGGGAGCAAGUGACCCUUCACCUGAUGUUCACGCUGUGCAAAAGUUUAAAACAAGGAGUAGAGCUAGUGCUGCAGGUAGUAAUUCAAGUGAUCAGUCAGCUGAUAUUGACACGAAGAAAAAAAAUGGUAGAAAUACGGCUUCUCUCCAUCAACAUGGUAAGGCAGGUGGUGGCUCAUCACAACAUCCAUGCCACAAAUUUGCCCUCCCUCCUCCCGCUCUACCUAGUGGAAGCAGUGUUAUCAAAGGCGAGCAAGGCGCCCAGGCGAGGCGCCAGGCGAGGCGAGGCGCCCCUCUGUCGCCUCGACUGGAACGCCUGGCUCGGCUUAGAGGAGGCGACGCCUCCGGCCGGAGAGGCGAGAGGCGACGCAGGCGAGAGGCGACGCCUCUUCACAGCAACGGUAAACCAUUCCACCAGCAGACAGCCUUUUCUUCUCAACCUCACGAAGACGCUCCUCAACGGCUCAACCUCGACGACAACAGAUUAUAA